UGUAUGACUUCUCAAACUGAACCAGGUCACAAUAGUUGGGCUACUAUUGGCGUAUUGUACUAUGUGUCGUUCUGAGUGAUAUGCUUUGGCUGAGAAAGACACUAAGACGGAAAUCCGGCACCGCUGUCGACUGGUCGUUACAGUGAAAGAAAGCCUGGUCAAUACUUUCGCAGUGACCAAUGACCAACAGAAGGAAUACACAAGCCUAGGAGGUAUCAGAGUGUUAAUUUUUGGCUCAGACGAUUCGUGGGUUGGAGAAUGCGUCCAGCAUUACAUUGAACGGAUGACGAUCGCUGAACUAAACUGGACUUACAAAUACCUGUAGGAAGGGGUAACCUAUUUGUCUUAUCCGGAUUAGCAUCAUUUCGCCUUACAUCACCUCGAGGCCCAACACCUGAAAAUGUUCUGGCCGCAUCCUACGACGGACGCGAUGUCCUCGACCACUGCGGAAACAUUCACCACAGCAAUAUCCUAUAAUAUCACUGCAGCACUCAUCAUAACAAACGGGACCGAGACGAACAUUGUGCUCUACUCGGCUGCACAACCUGCCUUCUUGGCUGUGACGAUCAUAAGCUGUCUCGCGGCGUUAUUGGGGAGUUCCCUGGUUGUGAUCAGCUAUGCCUGCUACCCGGAGACACGCAGCACGAGCAGGUUAUUAGUCGUCUUCAUCAGCGCUGCGGACUUUUUGAUAGCGCUUGGAAAUCUCAUCGGAGUUUUGCGCUAUCUAUAUAACUAUUUCCACAGGGUCUCGCACCAAUGCGACCCCACUCCUGCGGUCUGUCUCAUGCAAGCGAUCAUGACAAGCACGGGAGGAAUGUGGUCUUUCUUCUGGACGUUUUUCACGGCGGUAUAUCUGUAUGUCAUGGUUGUGAAGGGACGGACGUACUGGGUGGACAAAGCUAUACCGGCGGCGCAUGUCAUUGCAUGGGGUAUCCCAGUUGUUAUGGUCGCAAUUGCCUGGGGGCAGGGUGCGCUCGGUGAGGAUCUGUCCGAGGUGAGUGCGGGCUGGUGCUGGGUAAAAACCUGUUCCGGUGCACCCAAGGCCGAACAGGUCGCCUGGAUGCUCUUCACUGGGAAGCUGUGGGAGAUUGUGGCCUGGUUCGUCUCCAUGGCCCUCUACAUCGCCAUCACAUGUCACGUCAGGAAACUGAUGCGAUGUAUGGAGUGCACCGCUCUGUUCACCCCCGGAACAAUGGAUGCGAUUGAGCGCUCAACCAAGCGGCUGACCCUCAUUCCUCUCAUAUUCUUCCUCCUGAGGAUAUGGGGGACGCUCCGAUUCUUCUUGGUGGUCAUACUGGAGGUGCAAAUGUCCCCCGUGACAAACGCCGUGCUCAUGACUAUGCAGGGUUUCGGAGACAGCAGCGUGGGAUUCUUCAACAGCGUCAUCUAUUGCCUGUCGACGGCAUUCAUCCGAAGGAAGAUGUGUUGCUGUUGUCGAAAGGACGAGCACCUGAGACCGGACACAAAUGAAACAAACACCGUACGGUUUCAAAAGUUCUGAUCAUCUGAUUU